AGUGAUUGGAACGCUUAUUCCACUCCAGUAGUUACCUGAACAGGACAGCAAUGUCACCCAUGAAGCGAUUCGGUUUAUUGAUCGUCGUAAUUUUCCAACUUGCUGCGACAAUCGGAGCAACCCGGUGUGCUUCGUGCAGCUCAGCAGUCGACCCGAAAUGCUCUAAAGCCGGAUACGACGAUCAGACGAAGGAGUGCUACAACGUGAAUCCCUGUGCCGUUUCCAUCAUCACCGGUACGGGGCACACUUUCCGAGGAUGUUCCGCUGAUGCGGAAUGCUAUCAGAACGAACUGUGCGAUACAUGCGACGGUGAUGAUUGCAAUACGGGAACCUAUCCACCGGGUCGAAUGAGCUGCUUGACGUGUUCGUCCACGGGCGAGGCCGACUGUGAGCAGCUGUCGGACAUACAGCAAUUCAGUGCUGCUUGCAUGUUGCACUUCGAAGACGGAUCAUGUGUAACGGUUUUCAAGGAUUUCAAGCCGUUCGUUAGGGGAUGCUUAGGUGACAUGGACGCUGGGGUGAAGACAAUUUGCGAGAGUGGAUCUGCGGAGUGCGUUGUCUGCCGGGAGAACGACUGCAAUGCGGUGAAUGUAAGGCCGGACGAACAGUGUCUGCAGUGUGAUUCGCAAGAUCGGGGCUGCAACAACGGGAGUCACGUGGUCACUGCUUGUGGGAAAGUUUCCGACGGGAAAUGUUACUCGAAGAUGCAAAGCGAUGGCACCAUCAAGCGCGGUUGCUUGCAUGAACUUUCUGCGCAGGAGUUGGCAGCAUGUAAUUCCACCAGAUGUAUCGUUUGCUCUGGAUUAGGCUGUAAUAACGAUGUGUUUGUCACCCGAAACGGGUUUCGCUGUAAAACCUGUAACUCAGAAGCCAAGCCAGCCUGUGUCCGGGAUCCGUACACGGUUCUGGACAAGGUGUGUCCAGUUAACGAUACGACAUGCGCUACGGUGCUCAUAUCAGCAACUGGUCACCUCUUCCGUGGCUGUUCUAGUGAGGCGGAGUGCGUAGCUGAAGGCGAUGCGUGCAUCAAGUGCAACAAAUAUCAGAACUGCAACUUCUAUCGGUACCCGGAAGGUCGUCUGGAAUGCUACGUCUGUGAAACUAGCGCCAACCAGAACUGCGCUACGCUGCCCAUCAACAAGCAGUUCGAGAAAGAAUGCUUACGUCAUAUUCCGGGAGAUCAAUGCGUAACCGUCUUCGACGGCUUUCGCGUUAUUCGCCGGGAGUGUAAAUCUGGGUUGAAUCCUUCGGAUUUAGUCAAAUGUGAUUCGACAAGCGAUAAAGAAUGUGUGACUUGCACUGGAGUCGGAUGCAACAAGAUCAGGGUACGGAUGGAUGAUAGCUGCUUGCAGUGUUCUUCGAAUGAUGCACUGAAUUGUGCCAACGGACGGCGGGUGUCUACCGUUUGUAAGAAGUCUUCGGGUGGCGUUUGCUACAAUCGUUUGAACGUGGACGGAACUUUGCAACGGGGUUGUAUGUCGGACUUGAACGAAGAGGAGCAGAAGGUUUGCCAGGAUCUGAAUGAUCAAUCAUGCGAGACCUGCUCCGGCGUUGGAUGCAACAGUAACCUAUUCCCUGCCAAUGCCCUACAAUGUGUUCAGUGUGAUAGUGAAACGAACAUGGACUGUGUUCAGGAGCAAGCUGAGGGCGCCUUGGUGAAUCCCUGUACUCAUCAAAUCACCGGAGAUAGGUGCUACACUAGACUUCGCAACGACGGAUCCAUCGAGCGGGGUUGUCAAUCGUCUCUGCCUGUUCCGUGCAAUCCUCAGUUGAACAUGUCCUGCUCCGUUUGUGACGGAUCGGCCUGCAAUACCGAAGUGUUUCCCUGGGGAAGACGCUCGUGCUUUCAAUGUGACGGUCUGAGCGAUCUGACUUGUGGGUUGGAGCAAAAAAGAUCCGAGGAUGCAAAGGUUUGUGUUCGGUUUCAACCGCAGGACAAAUGCUACACUCUGCUGGAAAAUGGAAGAGUAAUGAGAGGAUGCUCGUCGGAGUUCCAAGUAGAUGUUUGCACAGGAUUUGAGAGAACUCAGUGCCAGACUUGUGCUACGGAUCAUUGCAACAAGGUCUCCGAGAUCGGUUUACGUGCAACGGGGUGGAGAAACCAAGCCAAUGUCUUAGCUGUGAUUAUGUUAAUAUUGUGCAUGUUAUUUCCGUAAGUAGGGAAAUGUUUUUUUAUGCUAAACUAUUUCAAUUUAUUUGAACUAUAAAUAAUUUUAUUCGACAAACAGUGUCAGAUUAAUUCUAGCAAAUAAUAACACUUCUCAC